UCAUGUCUUUUGUACAGUAGCAAUGAAAGUUUGACCGUAAUUUCUCUGGCUUAGAAAGGGCCAAAAAGACAGAAUAAAGGCACAAAUUAGCUCAAAAAAUCUUAAAAGCUAUCAUAACAUGAACAUUGUCGAUAAAUUAGGGUGUAGCGUUAAUGCGAAAUAAGUACUUCGUACAAGUCGUAUGGAAACUAAUUAAUGAAUAAUUUAUUUAAUUGAGAUUAAUUACAUUCUAAAUUACAUUGAGAGCAAUGCAAUAUAAAUUAAGUUACAGAAGAUGGAGCUGGCAGAUGUGGUACAGCGUUAAGCGCUUGGGCUCCUGUGCGUAUAAGCUGACAGCCUUCCUCAUCAUCGCAUUGUUGCUGGGAGCGUUGUUCAUCGCAACGCGAGGAGUGCACACAACAACAGACGAAGACGAUCAGUUUCAUAUCGGUCUGGGUAGUCAACAUCUUACUGAUGACGAAGUCAAAUUCUCCCUAUGUGAUGAAAAAUUUAUCAAGAGACAAAGAUUAAAAGGACCUUUACUCUACGACGACGAGUACAUAAUUAAUGUGUUUAGAGAUGAAUAUUUAGUGCCGCCUUCAACACAAGAAUACAGGCUGGAAACGUCUGCGAAAUAUAUUGAAUACAUGACGCUGAACUCGUGGAUCUUCCUGAGGAGUCGCGUGAAGGCCGUGCUGGGGAGAACCGCACGAGGCUUCUUCGUAGAGGCCGGCGCCUUGGACGGGCAGUAUUUAUCUAACUCCCUUCCUCUUGAACGGGAGCUGCAAUGGACCGGCCUCCUGGUCGAAGCGAACCCGCGCUCCUACCAGAAGAUGUUAACCAAGAACAGGAAAGCCUGGCUGUCUCCUGCAUGCCUGUCACCAGCCAAAUUUCCUCAGGAAAUGAUUUUAAACAUGAUGGAAAUGAUGAAUGCAAGAAGCAGCUACGACUAUCCUUGGAUCGCAAGAGGCAGUUCGCACCUCGAAGAGACUGCAGGAGGCGAUCAGGAAAUUAUUCAGACGCAGUUCCACACAACCUACGCUCGGGUGCAGUGCUUCCCUCUCGCCACGAUGCUCUUGGCGCUCAACGUCACCCACAUCGACCUGCUGUCGCUCGAUGUUGAGGGCGGCGAACCAGACAUCUUGCGGUCCCUUCCAUGGUCGCAGUUGACGGUGUCAGUGAUGCUCGUGGAGCAUCAUGGCGAGUCAAGCUCUCGCGAUGAGGGCUUCCUGAACUUCAUCACUGACAAGGGCUUCCGAGUGUUCGACUACCAGACAGACAACGAAGGAAUAACUGACUACGUGUUUGUAAGCGACAAAUAUUGGCAGGAACAUGGUGCAGAAAUUCUCAAGAGGUCGACCAACUUUACUCGGGCAGAAAGCUAGCAAUGGUCGAGAAGAUUUGGUAGAUAGCUGUAUGUAGUUUCGCUCUAAUUGCCGUUGUUUUUCCCGUUGUCGCUACAAAUAACCCAGAAAUGUCAGUCAAGCAUUCAGUAAUUAAUGGGUUCUAAUGUAUUGAUAACAAAAUUUUUCUACUACACAUUGUACGGAUUUUCAGCUUUUGCCUCAUCCGCAAACUCUUAGAAGAAGUCCCAAGAAAAUCGUGUUAACGCCUCUUUAAAUUCAAUAAACGGUUGGCCGGUUGAAGGGGAGACUUUUUUGAUAAAAUGAAAGAAAUUGAUAUCGAAGGAAACACUUUAAUAACACGAGUGAUUUGUCCACUUCCAUUAUGUACAUUAGGCCCAAGGCCACUCAAACCAAUACAAAAAAGAGCAGGUCGCAAGUCUAAAAAAAAGAUAAUACUAAGCGAAGACUUACAUCUGGACAGAAACAAGGUAAACGGAAGAUAGCAAAUGUUGUACGUACUAGAACAAUCUCAUCUUAGUUCGGAGAUUAGAGCCACAACAAGUUUUCACUGUGAAAAAGAGGCAGCAUCGAUAAGUUUUAGCAGAUGCACAUUUCAAUAUUUUCCGAAAGAUACAUGAAUUAAUAAAGAAUGAUUUACAAUCCCGUUGUGAUGAAACGUUAUCAAACUUGCUAAAGAAUAACGCUGUCCUUGGUGAAACACGUUUUCCUCAGUUUGUGCUCCUAGAAAUUUUGAGCAUGGUGGCAAGCCGUUAAGAAAUCGAUCUAAGAUACACGAAAAUAAAGCACAAGGUUUAACCUUACACAUUUUUUUUAAUAAAACAAUGUCAGGCCGUAUUCGAAGACUGUUUAAAAUGAAACACAGAAUUGGAUUUAUGGAAUCCAUUUCAAAUUCCUGAAGCGAGUAUAAAUAAGUAUUGAAAGAGAUUCUGGAAACUUGAUUCAAAAUACAAUAUGCCGCAAUGAUAGAUUGAGAUUUUUUUAACUCCACCUCAGCUUGCUUAA